CCUUAGUGACUGCUGGCUGCUGAUUUGUUUGUGGCUGAUAACCUGGUAGGCCCGAUUUCAGGCGAUCUAAACAAAAUAUGUUGUUAAUGUCCAUUUAUUCUGUUAACCAAAAAUAAAUCAUAUGUCAGUGUUUGACAGUCAGAAACAAUUAAAAAUAUGGAAUUAAAUGAAUCAACAAAAUAUUUUAACAUUGAAGCCAUGCCUCCUGAGUUCAAUGUGUUGAUGCAAGCCAUAUCAAACUGUGCUGGACCAGUGGUGCACCAGAUACUCCAACAACAGCCCCAACUAAUUAACCAUAAAGGUUGGCAUGGCAACACUGCCCUGCACCGUGCAUGUUUAGUAGGAGACAUCAGUGUGGUAGCUCUCCUGGUAAAUGCUGGUGCUGACACUAACACACUGAAUGACUCGGGGGAGAGUCCAGUUCAUUACGCUGCCAAAAGGGGAAUUCCGUCUGUACUUCACAUUCUAACCAAGCAUGGUGGUGAUGUUACUACUACUGAUAAACAUGGCAGGAGGAUAACACACCAUGCAUCAGAAACAGGCUCUGUCUAUAUGCUUCACUACUUGUCAACCGUGCACAGUGUGAGUUUCCGUGAUGUUGACAAGAAACUCCAGUCACCACUGCAUAUAGUUUGUGGAUUUGGUCAUGCAGAAGCUUUUAAGUAUCUGAUCAGGAAGGAGAGAAGUGACUUGACCCAAGGUGACUUUGCUGGGAACACGCCAAUGCAUCUGACAGUUGAGGAGGGACACAGUCAUCUGACGUGGUUGCUGCUGAGAGCAGUGGGCUGCGGCAGUCUCCAUCACAGGAACAAGGCAGGCUACACCCCAGUGGACAUCGCCUGCCAGCGUGACAAGGCUGGACAUAAGGAGAUCACACCAUUGUUGAAGUCAUAUGAAGGCGUGCGUGAUCACAGCUAUAAACCCAGUGGAUCCGAUGUUGCUACGGUAAUGGCACUUGCUGUCACAAGCUCUAUAUAUGACUGUGUGUGUUGUUCUGUAAAACUACUAAUCCAGUAA